CGGAACCUUUGCAGUGGUGUUGUGGUUCCCCGUCGGCGGGUUAAACCCGACGGACAACAACCAAAAGGACGAACUUGUGCAACCUGUGCGAUGUUGUAGAUAUAAACACACUGUUAUUAAUUUGAAUUAACAAUGAUGUGGGUCGCCAGGCGUUUGCUGUCGUCCGUCGCUCAGAGAUCCCGGUUCACAGCACAGCCCGGUUUGUUCCGCCGUCCUCCUCACGGCUGCCUCCCGGAGCUCGAGCCCCGGUAUCUCCAGUGCACGUGCUGCUGGCGGAGCCGGGUCCCCGUGGCCGGCUUCGAGACCCUGAACGCCUCCAUCUCCUCCACGUCUCCUCCACCCUGCACAGAGGACAACAGGUCCCUGGAUGCCUGCUACACCUCCGAGCAGCGGGACGUCAUCCUCCGGCUGCUCAACUCCGCCCCGCUGUCGGAGCUGGCGGCCGUGAAGCUCCUCAGAGGCCGCAAGUCGCUCAACAUUGUGGAGUUCAGGACGAAACACGGACCCUUUAAGACCCUGGAGAGCGUGGUGAGCGUCCCGCUGCUGAAGCACAAGAGCGCCGUCACGGUGUUCAACUCCAUCCUCAACCCGGUGAAGAAGGAGAGGAAAGUCAGGAUCCAGCUGGCCAAGUUCAUCCGGCCGGAGGUGGACCGGUCCUGGUUGGAGGAAGCCAGUAAUGUUGUGUCACUAGUAUGUGGGACAAAUAAAAUUGCCUGGGCUCAAGUGGACCGUGGGAUGACUGUGCUGGACUGGCAACAGCAGGACUGUCCAAAUUUCUUGAAGGGAACAUACAUGGCUUCUGCUUACUUGAAUGAUGUUUCUGCAGUUGUGGCCCUCCUCCCAUCAGCUGACUUCUACAUAAUAGAGAAGUCCUCCAUCUCGGUCCAGAACACGGCUCUGUUCCCGGUCAUGGCCCACAUGAGGACUGUGGAGGCCAUGCUGUUUGCUAUGCUUGAGCCAAGAAACUUAGCACCCGAGUCCAACAUUCCUCCAAGAGUUUUGAACAUGAUGCGCACUGCUGUGGGACGUCACUUCGGACUCAUGGUGGGCGAGUCGCGGACCAGCGGAGCUCAGACAGUGCGACAGCUGAUGACUGAGUCGGUCACACAGAAGCUUCCCAGGCUAAACUUCCCCCAGGAUCUGCUGGUGAAGCACAGGAACUCUUUCCAGAUGGGCAGCAGAAGAGGAGGCGAGGAACUCUGUGACGCUCUGCUUCAGGCUGUGGCUUUUUACGAGCUGCUCAGUGAAUCUUCCAGCUAGUCACCACAUGGUGAUGAUCUCUAACCGUGCACUACAUCCACCAAAACAAACCUCCUGGAUGGCACUCUGAGCUUUUUAGGACUCAAACCAAACAUUUACCUCUUGAACAGUUUCGGUGGUGAUUCAUGGUACAUUUAAAGUCUGAAUAUUCCUACUGUUACAUGUUUGAUUUUUGACACUUGCAUAAAGUAAAUGCUGUCUGCCAUCUUCCCCCAAUCUGUUGGUUUGUGUUAAAAGUAUUAUGCAGUCAUUAAAAAACACCUCAAUGAUAUCACCAGCAACCCAACAAUCAAAGUGCUGUACCUUCUUUAAA